AUGCCUACGACCGUUCGUCUUUGUUCUCGUACGCUAGAGAUCCACAACCGCCUUCGAUCACGGAUCGCAUCCUCGAAUAUUGAUCUCCUUCCAAACUCUUUCGGACAAGGGAGAGCAGCCAUCCAAAAUGUAUUCGAGUCCUCCUUCAGCGACAUCCCAAGCCAGUCAGCAAUCCACCCAAGCGAAAAUGGGUUCAUAUUUGCUAGCAUGACCGCCUACUGCGGUCAUCAUCAUCUCUGCAUUCGCCCUGAGGACAGACCUCGAGCUUUCCCAAUCGUCGAAUACGAGUAUAAAAAGAAUCUCCCAAGAAAGAUAAUCCGCGCUUUCCACACAGUUGACUUCAGCGACUUGGCACUUCAGAUGACACCGCAAAACGUCUUCAAAGAUUCAGAUUUUCGUAAUUGGAUCAUGCCUAACUUCACUACUACGACAGACUCGGACAGGGUGGUCGCGUCGACCCUCGUGGUUGGGAUAGGACCGAAAUGUUUGAACUUCCCGACGAGAGAGCCGUGGGGCCUUGACAUUCCGGCUGAGACAUUGCUCGGAAAGCGCCGAGACUGGGAAGACAUGCUAAACAGGCUCGACUAUCUACAGGGAUUUGGAGGAGCAGAGCCGGCGCAGUUCUAUCGACUCUUAAAGCCGAUUCUAACCAACUUCGUUCGGUGCUUCGAUCGUCCAGGUGAUGCGCGUACCGUUGAUUUCUGGAAAAAGUCGUGGGGCGGGUGGGGCUGCGUUCUCAAAAAUGACGACGACUUGAAAGACGGCAACGUAAACGAGAACGCCUUCCUCCGCAUCGUCCGCAUCGUCCGCAUCGUCCGCAUCAUUCGCAUCGCCCGCAUCGUCCGCAUCCUCACUUCCUUCCUCGCCGGCCUUAUCGUGUACCUCAUCCCCCUCACACACCUCUUCCUCUUCUCCAGGGCCGCCGUAAACGAGGACGCCCUGAACGAAGAUGGCGUGAGCGAGGACGAUGAAGACGAGGACUACUUAUACGAGGAGGACUUAUACGAUGACCGCGUGAAUGAGGACCCCCCCGUGAAGGACAAUGUGGUAAAAUACUACCCGUGUCCGGUGCGUCAGAUUCCUUAUGGCUAUGCCGGGGUGACGGUGAAGAUGUCCGACGAGGACCACGGGUAGCCUUACAGCAUCCGCAUCGUCGCUGGAUCAUUCGGUGCCCGCAUGUCCAGCAGCGAAAGGUUGCUUCAGGGUGAAGAGCGGAGCGGAAUCGACACACUGCAACCGGUUUCGGGAUGGGGGCUAUGCAAGGUGACUGAGGCUGAGGAGGUGACUGUGGCUGAGGAGUAACCUGGGAGAAUCACCGCGCUUGUAACGUCGUCUACAUUCUUUUUUCCACAGUUCGCGGGAACGAUGUUUGAGUUCAAAAAGCCUGAUCCUGAUAUGGAUCUCAAGUUCAUGGGCGGGUAUUGAUCAUUCUUUUGUUUAUAGGAAGAUUCCAAAGACUCCCGUUUUUCUUGUUUAUACCAAGUAUACAUGUAAAUGCCUCGUCAUGGAAAUCCGUAUACUCGUC